AUGCGCCCCUCUCUAUCAUGCUCUUGUACCUCCUUCUCUAACUCUCUUUCUCUUUUGAGAGUCUCUCUCUCUCUCUAUCUCUUGCUCUUACGCGUCUCUCUCUACCACUCUCUUAUACCUUCUUCUCUUUUUCGUUCUCUCAUGGGUCCUUCUUUAUCUCUCUCGCUUAUGCCUUCUUCUCUAUCUCUUAUGCAUUUCAUUCCCAUCUCUCUCUCUCUCUCUCUGUCUUAUGUGUCCCUCUCUAUCUAUCUCUUACGCGUCCUUCUACAUCUCUCUCUCGCUUAUGCCUUCUUCUCUAUCUAUGCGCUGCAUUUCCAUCUCUCUCUCUCUCUCUUAUAUGUCUCACACUAUCUCUCUCUUAUUCGUCCAUCUACAACUCUCUCUCUCUCUUAUGCCUCUUUCUUUAUCUCUCAUGCGUCCAUCCCUAUCUGUCUCUCUUAUGUGUUCCUCUCAAUCUCUCUCUUAUGCACCCUUCUCUAUCUCUCUUAUGCAUCUGUCUCUAUCCCUUGCCCUUAUGCGCCCCUCUCUAUCAUGCUCUUGUACCUCCUCAUCUAUGUUUCUCUUAUGAGAGUCUCUCUCUCUCUCUAUCUCUUGCUAUUACGCGUCUCUCUACCACUCCCUUAUAUCUUCUCUUUCUCGCUCACUUAUGCGUUCUAUAUCGCUCUCGCUUAUGCCUUCUUCUCUAUCUCAUAUGCGUUGCAUUUCGAUCUCUCUCUCUCUUUCUCUCUCUUAUGUGUCUCUAUAUCUCUCUUGUGCACCCUUCUCUCUCUCUCUUAUUCGUCCAUCUACAUCUCUCUCUCUCUCUCUUAUGUCUCUUUCUUUAUCUCUAAUGCGUCCAUCUCUGUCUCAUAUGUUCUUCUCAAUCUCUCUCUUAUGCACCCUUCUAUAUCUCUCUUAUGCACCCUUCUCUAUCUCUCUCUUACGUGUCCUUCUACAUCUCUCUCCCUUAUGUCUCUUUCUUUAUCUCUUAUGCGUCCAUCCCUGUCUGUCUCACCUGUGUCUCCCUCUCUAUUGCCAUCAUAUUCACCCUUCUCUAUCUCUUUUAUGCUUCCUUCUUUAAUUCUGUUUCUCUUGUGA